AUGAACGAACAAGACCGUGGAUUCCUAUUUCAUCUCCACACGAGCUUGCCUACCGAGAUCCCCACCUCGACUUUCCAGGGUCGGGCAUCAUUCACCUAUGCAAGCAUCCGGACGCGACAACAUCAAUUCCAACCAGCACAAUCAUACGAGAUCAUGCGCAAGCUGCUGGGGAAGCCGGCCAACGAUGCUUCCGUUGGCGAUGCGACUGUCGCCAGCACCGCUACCGCGACACCCACGAAUUACCGGCCGAUGAAAUCACAAAAUGCCGUGUACCCGGUAGCUGCGCCAGUAUCUUGCCUCGAUGUUUCCUCGGACGGGCGCGCCGCCGUUCUGGGCGGACCGCACAUACUCAAAACCCUGGUACUCGAUAGCCCGGACAGCCCUGGCUUCAGUUUUAGCGAAGGGAUUGAUAUUAGGGCUUCAAUCACAUCGCAAAAAACUUCUGGAAGUCGGGCAAAUGUUGUGGCCGACCAGCUUAAUAUUCGUGACCUCAAAUGGCACGAGAAUGGCACAGUCUUCACUGCAUGCGCUACAGGGCGUAUAUUUGGCUACGACCUGUCUCGACUCGAUAGCGGAGGCUCAGAUCCUCUCGACUAUAUACAAAUGCAGGAGGAUAGCCGCCAGAUAAAUUCGUUGGACGUCAACCCACACUUGAAGAGCUGGCUGCUGUCAGGAAGUCAGGACGGCAUAGCACGCGUGUUUGAUGUUUCUACGGCGGCUGCUACACGAUCGGGAAUACUCACAUUUCGACAACGAUUUUCACCCUUGAAAAACAACGAGUCAAUUAGGAAAGUAAUGUGGUCACCCCGACUCGGACACGAGAUGGCGUGCUGUACAGAGGGCGGCGUGGUUCUGAAAUGGGACGUUCGCCAACCCUCGAAGCCGGUGUUGAGGAUUAACGCACAUGAGAAGGCGUGCUCCACAAUGGCGUGGCAUCCUGAUGGGAUUCAUCUCAUCAGUGCGGGAUGGGACUCAAAACUUCAUGUGUGGGACUUGGGCGGCUCGGCUGACAAGCGACAAAAACCAAAAUGGACUAUUACAACUCCAGCACCGGUGUCGUGUCUUUCUUGGCGACCGGGCCUGUGGUCUGCUACGGCACAAACACGACGUGUAGCCCAGGUUGCAGUGAGCUACGACGAAAGCACCAAAAAGCGGUACGGCGCAUCAGUUGUUCACAUAUGGGAUCUGGCGCGUCCAACCAUGCCGUACAAGGAGAUUGAACGCUUUGAUUCGUCGCCAUCUGCGAUGCUUUGGAGAGACCAGGAUAUGCUCUGGACUGUUGGUCAAGACGGACUAUUCAACCAGUGUGAUGUGGCAUAUGCACCUAAGGCUAUCGACAGACUCUCUACAUCGGCAAUGGCAUUUUCACCGCAAGGCGAGGCUGUCAUGUUCUUGGAUGAGCGUGCACAGCAAAGUCGUCCACGCCCGAUUAUGCACCACAGCGAGACGCCGUCUCGCCCGACAUACAGCUCUAGCCCCAAUGCCUACCUGCUCAGUGGAAGCAAAAGCGACUCCGAGGAAGACGUACUGGGAACAUUUAUUGGGCCCCGGCGCAAACUUGCUCAUCGACGCCGUCUGAGUGGUCGUUCGGGACAGCUGUUGAGCACAACACCUCCGUCUAGCACCAACGUUUCGGAUGAGGGCAGAAAGACACUAAGCCUUGAUCUGUCUAUCGGCGUUACUGGCAUGUUCAAGUCCCCGCAAGUAAUGUCCUCGGGGAAAUUGCCAGCAUCGACCAAGGUCCCAGUUUAUCAGUACCUCACAGCAAGCUACCUUGAGACGCUGGAGCGAGUCCUGCCGAAUCCAGACGACAAGGCCACUCUAGCUCAACGAGUAGGAGUGGCUUUAGAGGAAUUUUCCAAAGCCUCGGAAAAUGUGCGCUUGUACAGACUAUCCCAGUCAUGGCGCGUGAUUGCCUUUGCCAUGGAUUUACUGCUCAAAAAGAGAGCAAAUUACCACUUGGACGCAAGGUUGACCCGUUUUCAAAAGAAGCAGCUUGAUGGCGGCAAAUCAAACCCUCCGAAGCCACAUGAAAUUUAUGGAGCCAGCUAUAACGGCGAAGAAACACCACGCAGACCAUCCGCUCAUGCGGGCAGUAUAGAUAGCAGACUGCAUGCUGUGCGGUCACUUCUGUCGGAGGAGAUUGAGAGUACAUCUAAUGUGCCAACUCCGAUUGCGAGACCAGCUGAUGCAAUCCGCCACAGCGAAUGGGAAAAUGGUCACUACCAGCAUGGGAAGAAACUGACGCCCAUCAUCGAGCCAGAGAGUUUCAACCUCGGCCCUUCCCUGCAUACUUACAAGGAUGCGGCACAUUCGCAGGGUAGCUCUCAAGCAAUAUCGGACAACAGCCGAGAGAGUGAGCUUUCCGAAGUAUCUAUAACUGAAGGCUAUGACUUUUACGAUACUGAUGCCCUCUCGCGAGCUAUUGAUGUUCCCGAGCCAAAAACAAAGGAGGCGGCUGAUCAGCGGAGUUCACGGAUCAAGCCCGUUCGUCAUGAUUCAGAGGAUAGCAUGGGAGAAAUGUUCUCCAUCUCGGAUGGAACCAAGAAGCGCUCUCUACAAAACUCAUCUGUAGAAAUUGCAGGCGCCUCUUCAAAGAUCAGCAGUGGCAGCGCCGACACUGAAUUCGAAUCCAGAAUCCACGGCGACACUCAACGGCGUAAGCCAAAGACGACUGACUCACCAGAGGACGUUUUCAUGAUUUCGCAAACAACUGCAUCUACAGACGACACUUAUCCAUCUCAGUUGUCUUUUGCGUCACAGUCUGACUCUGACCAGAACGCAUCCUUUCAACAGUCUACAGCUCCUGCUGAAACUGUGGUCAGUCGCGCUGACAGCACCAGCAAUCCGGCUACCACAUAUUACAACGAUCCAAGGCCACAUGUCAUUGAAGCCGACUAUCUACCGUGGCCCAACGACCCCGAUUUUCUAGACAUGAAGGGAGAUAACACAGUGCCCGCUGCUCUUGACCCUUAUCUUUUGCUCAAAAGAGCCUUUGAUUUCGAAUGCCGUUCAUCAGCAGUCAAUGCGUCUGCCAUGGUGCUUCUUCUCCGGCCACUACUUCCGGACGACAUCAUUGACACUCACCUGGCCCGAGGUAUCCUGCGACAGCAUCACCAGCGACUAAUGCGCAUGGGUUUGUUUGUGGAGGCAUCUUUCUUACGCAAGCUGUGCAUUCAGGGGUGGCCAGAAGGCAUGCCCGACUGGGGCGAGAACUAUAGCGCCAUCUUUGGACCUGCGCAGCAAGGCGUCAAAACGGGGCUGUUCUGCUCCGCAUGUCGAAAGCCGCGAGAAGUCGACCCCAGCGGCGGCCGCGACGCUGUCUGGACCUGCGAACGCUGCCGCUCCGUGAUGGCGCCGUGUGCCGUAUGCAAUCAUCGCGACGCAGAACUCCCCGCCCACAUCCCAGGCGACGAUGCCGAUCCGGGCGGUGCGGAUUCGGACCUGUGGGUUUCCAAUUGGUGGUGGUUCUGCCCUGGCUGCGCUCACGGCGGACAUGCCUCCUGCCUGCAGCUGUGGCACGGCACCAUGGAAGCUGACGACCCCAACUCGCAGACGACUAAAUUCAGCGGUGGAUGCUGCCCGCUCGAUGGCUGCGGCCAUGCGUGUCUUCCGGGCAAGUACCGCGGGGAGGUGGUCACGGCGCGCGCGGAGGAGCUCGGCCGCGCGACGCUGGACAGCACCCGCGCCCGGGACGAGCUGCGCGGCGGCGGCGGCGGCGGCGGCAGUCGGCGUUCCAGCCCCGGCGGGCGCGACCGCAGCGUGCGCAGCGACAGCUACGACAUACCGCAGAGUAAGGCCGUCGGUAUGGCGCGCGAGGCGCUGAACAAAGGCGGUUCGCCGAGCUCUGGCGGCAUACUGAGCUCUAGCCCAGGGCGGGUGCCCGGGACGGGCGAGCGCGAGCGACGCAAGAGCGUCAAGUUUGUCAAGACGGACAGGUGA